GUACCACCAAAGUAAACCUUGUGAAGAUCCCAUCAACUGCUUCCAGUCCUCGAGACACUGCUCUAGCAGCUGUUAUAUGCAGUGCACUUGCGACAGUGCUCUUAGCUCUUCUUAUUCUUUGUGUUAUCUAUUGUAAGAGGCAGUUUAUGGAGAAGAAACCAAGCUGGUCUCUGAGAUCACAAGACGUUCACUACAAUGGCUCUGAAUUGUCAUGUUUUGAUAGACCGCAGCUAAAUGAAUAUGACCACAGAACUUGUUGCCAGUGCCAGAGAAGCACAUCACAGACAUGUGGACCAGUUCACUUGAUUCCAUCGCUGUGCUGUGAUGACACGUGUAGCAUGGAGCACAGCAGUCACAGUUGUGCUUUCCACUCACAGACUACACUUAAUGAAAGAGCUUCUGAUUCUGUUGGAGAAAUGAUUCCUACCUUCCUUGGUUCUCUUUCACACACUACCUGUGGAGACAUUUCAGAUGCCUGGCCUCUUAUGCGAAACUCAGCUUGUUGUGACAGCAUUUCUUACUGUGAAUCAUAUUCAGAACUGGCAGAAGGAUCUGCAAAAUCCUGCAGUCCUGAGAAUGAAAAUGGAGCCACUGUUGAGUCGGUUAAUAACCAGGAUCCAAGUGAAGUACUUAUUUCAGCUAAGUCUCUUGACGGAAACAUUGCAAAGUCCUUUGAAAUCUCCAAACAUAGAACAUGCAUAGAAGUUUCAUCACUUCAGAACUCAGCAGCUGCUGAAACCCAGCCAAAGACAAAGCGUAAUGGAACAGCAAAUGACUCUACAGCCUGAUAAGGAGGUAA